AAGCGGUGUCACGCGAAGCUCUCUGCAAGCCAGGCUCUUCUACACCUCCGUUAUUUUUGUGAGUCCUAGCGCAGCUCCCGUUCAUUUGCGCAAGUGUAAAUCAUGGCCACUGUGGAUGAUAUACUAGCAGGCAAAUAUCCGGCUAAAUCCCAUGCGCGCCGGGUUGCCCAGCUUCUUCAGGCUCGUCAUGGGCAUGGUGCCCCUGGAGUGAUUUACUUGGAAGCUCAGAAAACUCGUCUUAUAGAGGAUAAUGACGAACCGAUGCCAUUCAGGCAACGGCGUUUCUUUUACUACUUAUCAGGUUGCUCGCUUCCAGAUUCGUACUUGAUCUACGACAUUAACGCUGACAAACUCACUCUGUUUAUACCUCCUAUUGAUGCGGAAGAGGUAAUCUGGUCAGGGCUUCCCCUCUCCGCGGAUGAGGCUAUGAAGCUUUAUGAUGUUGACUGUGUGCUUGCAACGACUGAAAUCAAUGCCACUCUUCUUUCUAUUGGCUCAGCAUAUGGUGGCAAUGCCGUAGCUUUCGCGAUUGCAGAUCAGGUCUCUAGCGGAACCGAAUUUCAAGGAUUUGCAGAAACCAGUCUUUCCGUCCUGAAGGAAGCUAUCGAAAAGGCGCGCAUUGUGAAAGACGGAUAUGAGAUCGCUCUUCUGAGAAAGGCUAAUGAUAUCUCUGCCAAGGCACAUGUUGCUGCCAUAAAAGCCUCAAAGACUGCUGUAAACGAGCGUGAGAUUGAAGGCGCGUUUAUCGCGACGUGUAUCGCUCAUGGUGCUCGUGAGCAAUCUUAUCAUCCCAUCGUUGCUUGCGGUGCAAACGGGGCCACCCUUCACUAUGGCAAGAAUGAUGAUGACCUGACGGACCCUGUAACGAAGCAAAGGAAGAGCAAUGUUCUCAUUGACGCUGGAGGCGAGUACCGGGCAUAUUGCUCGGAUAUAACACGCGUGUUCCCCUUGGGCGGGAGAUUUACAAAAGAAACCCGCCAGAUUUAUGAGAUCGUCCUACAAAUGCAGGUAGAAUGCAUUUCAAUGCUUAAAGGAGAUGUUCAAUGGGAGGAUGUGCAUGCGCAUGCGCACCGUGUUGCCAUCAAGGGCUUGCUCGCUUUGGGGAUUCUAAAUGGCUCCGAGGAUGAACUAUUCGAGAAGAGAAUUAGCGUAGCGUUUUUCCCUCAUGGCCUCGGUCACUAUCUUGGAAUGGAUACGCAUGACACUGGGGGCAACCCUAACUAUGGAGACAAGGAUACCAUGUUCAAAUACCUCCGUGUCAGAGGCCGUCUGCCUGCAGGUUCCGUUGUCACUGUUGAACCAGGUAUCUACUUCUGCCGCUUCAUUAUCGAUCCCUAUUCUCAAUCCCCAGAGCUAGGGAAGUACAUCAAUACCACUGUUUUGGAGCGGUAUUGGACGGUAGGAGGUGUUCGUAUCGAGGAUAAUAUUUAUAUCACUAAAGAUGGCCACGAAAAUUUGACCACAGCGCCGAAAGCUAUAGAGGAAAUGGAAAGCUUGGCCUUGUAGGUAAUAUCAUCAUCAUGAAAUAUACAGUGCCGAUACAUACGUGGGCCGUGAACCAUAUUGGAAUACAUUCUAAUCUGGAAGUAUCUAUAUGCCAGAGCUAUACUUCCAUUUCAUGCUAUCAGGCUCCACCCUAGCUGGCUAGAAGUCAACUGGUGAAGUUGUUGUGUUGAGUUGAAUACACGUUAUAUGCAGUACCAUGGUAUAAUUGUGUUUUCUUGAAAGAAAACGAAGAGAAAAUGAAAGGAUACGAACUCCGCCCUGGUGAAUAAUAUUUAUAAACCAGGUUGUUAGACGGCGCCCUUGAUUGAGGAUGAUUGCAGGGCCCAGCUACAGACCACUCCUGAGCCGUUUCCUUCCACUCCCCUUGAUAGCAGACUCGGAUUCAGCUUUAUCUUGAGCGCGCUUUUCUUUAUGGUCAAGUACCAUGCUAAAUACA